AUGCGUUUCAUCUUCCUAAGCGUCAUCUGCACUCUCCUCUUGUUAGGAACGAUAACAUCAGCGUGGCCAUGGAGGCCUAACGGACUUCUCCUAGGGGACUCCUUAGAGAAGCGAGCAGACACCACUGACUCCACUACUGCCGAAACCUCUGAACAGACCACGGCAGCCUCUACUGCCUCCGAAACCGCAUCGGAGACCGCCUCCGGUACCACCGGCCAGACUACUGGCACCAACACCGACGCGAAGACUGGCACAGCGACCGAUGAUGAGACAGCCACAGGGAAGACCACCGGCACUGGCACCAAGACAGGCACCGGCAAGACCACUGCCACCACUUCGAUCUCCAUUGACCCCGCUGCCGCAGCUGGUGGUGUGUCGAUGAUCACCCCGGCCUCUUCGUCUACAACCUACUACAAGAUCGGACAGGAUGUGACCUUCGUGUGGAACUACACUUCACUUUCCGUCACCCCAUCUGCAGUCAAUGUUGUCGCAUCGUGCAGUCUGAACUCAAACGUUUACACCCUGACCUCGAACAUGAGUGUUGAGCAGACUGGUUCGGUCGUCUGGGACACUGGAAAGUACCAGAAGACAGCUACCAUCCCGCUUCUCACUGCUUCUUAUACAUUGUUCGUCUACGACGCCAGCAAGGAGCUUGGUGAUACUGCAAGUGCAGGGUACCUGAGCUCGCAGAUUGGCUACUCCUUUGGCAUGUACACACCUCUUCCGUACACUUCGCUUGGUUCUUUCGAAUGUGUUACUUGUAACGGUGCUCUAUCUGCCACCAGUCGCCAAGCCCUUAAGUUUACUUUUGGUAUGGCAGUGAUUACUUUUGCCUCGUUCACUUGGUUCGCAGGUAGCGCUGGUGUCUUCGCUACCUGA